GCGAGACACAGAGAGACAGCGCUCACUAAGUUGCUGAAACAUUGCGAGGAGUUAUAAAGAAUUAAACUGGAUGUCAUCGCCCUUCAGAUGUCAAGGGUGACCCAAGAAUUUGGAAUAAGCCAGGCUACUGGCAAAAGACAGCACCUAUGAAAACCCUGGAUGCUCGGGACAUUUUGUGAGCUGGACUGAAGAACAUAUCAGGUGCCACACACCACCGAUAUAAUAUGAGCAAACAAGGUGAAUGGAAAUUGACCCAUAUAUUCCCAGUUCUAAUGGUGUCCCUGGUAUAUACAGCUCUAGCUGAGUACUCCAAUUGUGGUGAAAAUGAAUAUUAUAACCAGACAACGGGUUUGUGCCAUAGCUGUCCAGAAUGUGAACCAGGGGAGGAGCCAUAUAAUUCUUGUGGAUAUGGAACUAAAGAUGAAGACUAUGGUUGUAUUCCUUGUCCACCUGGCAAGUAUUCUAAAGGAGGUUACCAAAUAUGCAGGCGACACAAAGAUUGUGAGGGAUUUUUCCGAGCCACAGUUUUAACUCCAGGGGACACUAAGAAUGAUGCGGAAUGUGGACCCUGCCUUCCAGGAUUCUACAUGUUAGAGAGCCGCCCUAAAAGCAUUUAUGGAAUGGUUUGUCACUCUUGCUCCUUAGCACCUCCAAGUGUCAAGGAAUGUAUUGGGACUCCACACUAUGUACCCGGAAGUUCAACAAGAGUUAUGGGCUCCAGCACUACCUCUCCUUUCCAGCAUGCCCAAAAAGUGGAUGUGCCAGGGCAAGGACAUUUGGCCACUGCUCUUAUUAUUGCAAUGUCGACAAUAUUCAUCAUGGCCAUUGCUAUUGUGCUCAUCAUCAUGUUCUACAUUGUCAAGACCAAGCCUUCAGCUCGAGCUUGCUGUACAAUCCAUUCAAAGAAUGUAGAAGCUCAAGCCAUUCCACAAGAAGAGAAGAAGGAAGUGCCAGCCGAAAAUGUUGUCAUCUAUGCUGAAAAAGAUGAAUUUGAAAAACUUUCAGAAACACAGACCAAAACUGAAAAGAGUGAAAAUGACGCCUCCUCAGAAAAUGAGCAUCUUCUGAGUCGGAGCAUGGAUAGUGAUGAGGAAGCAGCUCUUGACAAGCAAGGGACACCCGAACUCUGUCUCCUAUCCUUAGUUCACUUGGCAAGGGAUAAAUCAACUGCAAAUAAUAAACUUACUGGGUUGGUGACCAGAAUUGCACCAUGUAUUCCCGAAGAAGUCUUACCAUGGACUUAUAUAGAGGCAAGGCUAUACUUUACUCACAUUCAAAGUCGUAGGAAAAAGAUUCUAGACCUUUAUGCAAAUGUGUGCAAUGUAGCAGAAGGACUAAGCCCUACAGAACUGCCAUUUGACUGUCUGGAGAAGACAAGCAGAAUGCUUAGUUCUACGUAUAAUACAGAAAAGGCAAUAGUAAAAACGUGGCGCCACCUUGCUGAGAGUUUUGGUUUGAAAAGAGAUGAGAUUGGAGGAAUGACAGACGGACUUCAGCUUUUUGAUCGGAUCAGUACAGCCGGGUACAGCAUUCCAGACCUGCUUACUAAGUUGGUUCAGAUUGAAAGACUAGACGCAGUAGAGUCUCUUUGCACAGAUAUUGUGGAGUGGGCACAAGCUACUCCACCUACCACGCCGCCAACAGUGCCUAAUAGUGAAAGUUUAUGAAGAGAUAUUGGACUUAUAAUGGACUCUUUUGUUGGAAUGUAGGAGGACAGCUCUUAGCUCUGAUAAUAACGUUGAGCCACCAUGGUGAUGCUGAAUCUUGACUAGGCACUAGAGGAGGUCAAGAAACCAAGCUAUGAUAUGAAGCAUCAGGAAUCACUUUGUAGGAGACAAAAAGAACUCUUUGAUGAAACUCUUUGUAAUGGAGAAUGUGAAACUAUGAGGACAGUGACCACUGAAAUACAUUAUUUAAUACUUUUUUUCUUUAAAUUAAACAUGAAUACAGAAGGACGAUUUCUUUAGGAUUUGUAGUGUCUGAGGAACCAAGGACUUACCUUUGUAAAACAAUCCGACUAUCUUUAUACAAGUUUAUUCAGAUGGAACCUAAACAAUAUGUUGUGUAUUUGCAAGUAAGAUGACUAUUUCUUUACCUAGGCUGUAAUCACACAUUUCUGAACUAUUUGCUAGUUAUUACAAUAUGUACGGAAUUGUAUUUCUGGCUUGUGUCAUUACGCCUCUCAAUUCAUAACAGAGUUUUGGAAUCAGUACAUGAUAUAGCCAUUAAAACCUAUAGGGGCAUCACCAUGGGCAGCAGGUUGGAUAGCAGGUUUUUUCUGAAUAAGAGAUAAUGAGAUAUUUAAAGAAUGAGGGUCUAGUCACAGAUUACUCAAGUCAAGGUCUAGUUAGUAGUGUUUAAUAAGAACAUAUUGGUAAGUAAUACCAUUUACAUAAAGCAGCUCAUUUAUAUAAGCUAAGAAAAUGUUUCAUUAUGAAAAAACUCUUCAAAAUGUUAAUUUAAUAAAACUUUUCACAUGCCAUGUCAUAUCGGAGGUUUAAUCAUUUAGGGUCUAUGUGCUAACAACCCCACCAAUUGAUGAAACAAAGGGGCUCCAUUUGCUUUGCUGGGCUCAUAGAGCCUAUAAGAGCCAUAGAGACACAGAGCUCAGCUGAGCAUUUUACACCUUCAUUUCACUGACAAGUGGGAGUUUUAACACCCGGCCCUCCACUUUUCACGUGUCUCCUUUGACAUCAAAAGUUUAAUGAAACAACAGGUAUACGAUAAGGCUUUGUUAACACUUUGGCUUCUAUUAACAGUCAUCCCAAUGAAUCAUGAUAGAGCUUAUUGACUUGUAAUGAGGUUCAUCAUUUUUCUGUAAGGGAUCCAGGAUGUUUGACAGCAUGAAAAGUUCUAGAAACUGCACUAUUCUUGCCAUCAAAAAUACUCAUACCCUGGACAAAAACAUGGCAAAAAUGUUCAACAAAGUUCCAAACUAAAUAUACAGUAUCAAACUUUAAUAACAUACAAUGUUUUACACUGUUCAUAAAGUGUUGUAGUUGUGCAAAUUUAUUGAGGACUACCAGUGGAACUAUACAGGCAGUGGCAUAGCUACAGAGGUGGCAAGGGUCAUAGUUAC